AUGUCUAUAUCACCACCGGAGGCUCCGCCAUAUCCAACAACACCAGAAGAUGAUCAUGAAAAUGAAGAAACAUCUGCAUCAGCUUAUGCAGAAAUAUUGUCAUUUCAAUGGUGUUUUGGCUUUAACAAAGAUUUACCAGUACUUAAUUUAUCAAUAAAUAAUACAAAAAAAAUAUUUUUUGUUGCUUCACAAAUUGGAGUUUUAUAUGAUUUUGCUAAUAAUCGACAACAGUUAUUAAUCGGACAUAGAAAUAACAUAACAUGUUGUUGUAUUAGUAAUGAUAAGCGUUGGUUAUGUACAGCUGAUAGUGGUCGAGAUUGUACAAUUAUUAUUUGGGAUACAAUAACAGGAUUGCCGAAUCAAACUUAUUUCGAUGUUAUCAAUGGAACAGGAGCUGUAGCAUUUAGUAAUGAUGCAAAAUAUCUAGCAACAAUGAGUCAGCAAGCUCCUCAAAUAAUGUCAAUAUGGGAUUGGACAGCGGAAAGUGAUCGACCACUAUGUGCAUUAGAAUUAAGAAAUGAUUAUUCAAAUCAGCAUUAUUUACAAUUUAAUUCUCGUCAAUCAUCUCAGUUAGUAUCGAAUUCAACAACGCAAGUUAUUUUUUAUGAAUGGUCACAUGAGAAUGGUAUAAAUUAUUAUGAUCCAGAAUUAAGCGAAAGAACAUUUAAUACACCGCGUGAAAAACUUGGCUAUUUAACUCAAUCAGUUUUUCUUCUUCAUCCAACGCGAGUUGUGACAGGUACGACAACUGGCAAACUUGUUCUUUGGGAUUGUAAAACAAAUGGAAAUGCAUUCGAAAUGAAUAAAAAACAAACAAAUGAAAUAAAACAAAAUGAUUUAUCACGUCAAUCAACAAAAAUGGUAGACAAUAGAGAAUUAACACGUGACACAUUAAAAUCAUCAACAUCUACACGUAGCGGAACUUUAUCAUCAAGAAAGUCUUCAGCAAAAACAAACGAACAAAGUGAUCAAGACGACGAAGAGAAAACUGAAAAACAAGUAACAUUUAUUGAACCACCAGAAAAGACGAAUGUUAAAAAAACUGACGAGCGAUCAGAAUUUUCCUCCAUGAAUAAACGAGCAUUCAAAUUAUGUGAACCACAGCGAAAAGCAAUUACUGUUUUAGUCGCAACAAAUGAUCUUGUCGUAACAGGUGAUAGUGAUGGAGUGAUUCGAUUCUUCGAUCAAGAACUUAAAUUACGUAUGUGGUUUGAACAUUUUCGUGUUGGACCAAUUCAAUCUAUAUCAUUCACAUAUACAACAUCAGACUAUGCGUCUCCGUAUAUGCCAUCAAAUUUAGCACAUAAACAUAAUGAAUCAACAUUAGCUCAACCUCCAUUUUCAUCGUUUGAUUUUACAAUAUCAUCAUCUCAUGCUGUUAUAGCUCAUGUAACUCAAUCUGGCCAACAGAUAUCAAUUAUAAAACGUGAUUCUUCAACAGCUAUAUAUGCAUUAGAUACUCAUCCAUUUGAUCAUAAAUUGUGUUUUGCUAAUGCAUCUGGUCGUUUACAAUUAUGGGAUUAUCAACAAAAAACAAUCAUAACAAGUGUUCAACAUACACAUGAUAAUGCUAUUACACAAUUACGUUAUAAUCAUAAUGCGAGUUUUAUUGCUGUUGGUUAUGCGAAUGGACAGCUGACAUUAUGUGAUGCUUUAUCGUUAGAAAGUAUUCUCAAAGCACCAUUUCAUUAUGCAAAAACGACAAUUAUUUUUAUUGAAUUUUCACAAACAUCAACUUAUUUAGCUACAGCGGAAGAUGAUUAUACAGUAUCUGUUUAUCGACAAAAUUUAAACAGUGAAGAUAUGUAUACAUUUCUUGGUCGUUAUCGAGCACAUUAUAAACCCAUUCAAGCAUUGUUUUUUGGUUUGACACCUGAUGACCAUCAGCCGAUAUUAAUUACGAUUGGCGCUGAUCAUAUUUUAGCUGAAUAUGAUUUGAAUGAAAGUGAAAUAGAUCAUCUGGCUUUAAAACCGUCAACACGCAUUGAACAAAUAGCUGAACCAAUGUCUGCUUGUUAUUAUCCAUCAUCAUUAACAAAAGAAUCAUUUAUAAUUACAAUUAAUAAUGAAUAUAAGUAUAAAUUGUAUAAUUCUAGUACAAAAAUGUGUCGAAAAACAAUAUUAGGACCAACAUUUGGUUCACCAUUACGUAAAAUAGGAAUUCUACCAAAAUUAGACGAAGAUUCUAACGAAGAAUAUAUUUAUUUUAUGACAACAGAUAAAAUAGGUCUUCAACGUUUACCGUUAACUGGUAAUCCGUAUGAUCAAAUGGCUAUAAUAGCACAUCCAAAUCGUGUGAGUGAUGUACGUUCAAGUUAUGAUGGACAAUAUUUAUUUACAAGUGGUGGACUUGAUAACGUUGUACACAUGUUACGUGUUAAUCCAGAAGUUCUACAAGCACAAGCACAAUUAGGCGGAAAAGAUUUGAUACCCUUUUAUAAAUUAUUAGAAGGUGGACGUGAAGGGGAAAUUUUUCGAGAAAUGCAAGAAUUAUUUUAUUACAGUCAACUGAGAUAUCAAGAUAUAAAUCGAUUUGAUCGUCGAGAAAUAACAGCGAAAAUUCCAUUAAGUGAAAUUCCAUUUGUGAUGAGAGCAUUAGGUUAUUAUCCAACGGAACAAGAAAUUGAUGAUAUGCUCAAUGAAGUUAAAUUCAGUACUUACGUUGAUACGAAUACCUAUGUUGAAAAUAUUGAUCUGAAUGAUUUUAUUAAACUAUAUAUAAAUCAUCGACCAGCAUUUGGUCUUAAUCCAUCGGAUCUUUAUCAUGCGUUUAGUGCCAUUGCUAAUCAAUGGGAUCCUGGAAAUGGUCAACCACAAAUGAAUCGUGAAAAUCUUUUAUAUCUUUUACAACAAUAUGGUGAACAUAUAAAUGAUUAUGAAAUGGCUGAUUGUUUAUCAAAUUUACUUCAUUUAAAUAAUGAAUCAACAGAAAUGUUUGAUACAAUGAAUGCAGAAGAUGCUUGUCAAUUCAUCGAGAAUCAAUUACCGGAAUACGUCACAAUACAAACGUUUAUGGAAGAUUUAUUAAAAAUGCCCUCUCAAUAUGUUGAUCAAGUGAUGUUUUCCGUUAAAGCACAACAAAGACAUCGUUCAUCAAUAGCUUUUCCAAAAGAGAAAAAGAAUCAAUACUCAACUGAACAACAGAAGCAACAACAACAACAGCACCAGCACCAGCAGCAUCCACAACAAGUACAGCAACGUCUUCGUUCAGCUAUGACAUCAACAACACGAAGUACAACGUCAGCUUCGAAUGAUUCUUGA